CCUCAGAUCCCCCAGGUGAGCUAUGCCUCCACGGCUCCGGAGCUGAGCGAUAACACGCGCUACGACUUCUUCUCCCGCGUCGUGCCCCCGGACACCUACCAGGCACAGGCCAUGGUGGACAUAGUUAAAGCCAUGCGCUGGAAUUACAUCUCCACAGUAGCAUCAGAGGGUAACUAUGGAGAAAGCGGUGUGGAUGCCUUCAUACAGAAGUCCCGUGAAGACGGAGGUGUGUGCAUCUCUCAGUCAGUGAAGAUACCACGAGAACCUAAGCCUGGAGAGUUUGACAAGAUCAUCCGCAGACUGUCAGAGAACCCCAAUGCACGGGUUGUUAUUCUCUUUGCCAAUGAAGAUGACAUUAGGCGGCUUCUUCAAGCAGCUAAGAAGGACAACCAGACAGGACAUUUCAUAUGGGUGGGGUCAGACAGCUGGGGGUCUAAGAUCUCCCCCAUUCUCAACCAGGAGGAGAUGGCAGAAGGUGCUGUUACCAUCCUACCUAAACGGCAGUCCAUUCGAGGGUUUGAUCGCUACUUUAUCAGCAGAACUUUGGACAACAACAGAAGGAAUAUUUGGUUUGCAGAGUUCUGGGAAAACAACUUUCAGUGCAAACUCAGUCGACACGCUCUGAAGAAAGGAUCCGGCAUCAAAAAGUGCACAAACCACGAGCGGAUCGGGAAGGACUCGUCCUAUGAGCAGGAGGGAAAGGUCCAGUUUGUGGUCGACGCAGUCUACGCCAUGGCUCAUGCCCUACACAACAUGCACAAGGAGCUCUGUCCAGGAAAAGUGGGCCUCUGCUCCAAAAUGGAAACCAUCAAUGGGACCAUGUUGCUCAAGUUCAUUCGCAAAGUCAACUUUACAGGAAUUGCUGGCACUCCAGUGAUCUUCAAUGUGAACGGAGAUGCCCCUGGUCGCUAUGAAAUUUACCAGUACCAGAUGAAACACAACACCACAGAGUAUAAGAUCAUCGGCCACUGGGCAGACCAGCUUCAUUUAGAUACUAAGGAGAUGCGGUGGCCUGGUGGGACACUCCAGGUACCCCAGUCUAUCUGCAGCCAGCCCUGUUGUCCUGGGGAGAGGAAGAAAACAGUCAAAGGUGUCCCCUGCUGUUGGCACUGUGAGCGCUGUGAUGGCUACCAGUACCAGGCCGACACCUACAGCUGUAAGAUGUGCCGCUUUGACCUGCGGCCCAAUGAGAACCACACGGCCUGUGAAGCCAUCCCCAUCGUCAAGCUGGAGUGGAGUUCCCCCUGGGCUGUCAUCCCUGUACUCAUUGCUGUGCUGGGCAUCAUAGCCACCAUGUUUGUGGUGGGCACCUUCAUCCGCUACAACGACACGCCCAUCGUGAAGGCGUCAGGGCGCGAACUCAGCUAUGUACUACUGACGGGCAUCUUCCUGUGCUACGCCACCACCUUCCUCAUGAUCGCUGCCCCUGACGUUGGCAUCUGCUCCCUGCGACGGAUCUUCCUGGGUCUGGGGAUGAGUAUUAGCUAUGCAGCGCUGCUCACUAAGACCAACCGUAUCUAUCGAAUCUUUGAGCAGGGGAAGAUGUCAGUGAGCACCCCCAGGUUCAUCUCCCCGGCCUCCCAGCUCGUCAUCACCUUCAGUCUGAUCUCAGUUCAGCUCCUGGGGGUGUGUAUCUGGUUUGGUGUGGACCCGUCUCAGGCUGUCAUCGACUAUGAGGACCAGCGCACGUCCAACCCGGACAUGGCUCGUGGCGUGCUCAAAUGUGACAUCUCAGACCUUUCUCUGAUCUGCCUGCUUGGCUUCAGCAUGCUGCUCAUGGUCACCUGUACGGUGUAUGCCAUCAAGACCCGGGGGGUGCCAGAGACCUUCAACGAGGCCAAGCCCAUCGGCUUCACCAUGUACACCACCUGUAUCGUGUGGCUAGCCUUCAUACCCAUCUUCUUUGGGACCUCGCAGUCAACAGAAAAGAUGUACAUCCAGACCACGACUUUGACCAUCUCUGUGAGCCUGAGUGCCUCUGUGUCUCUGGGGAUGCUCUACAUGCCAAAGGUCUACGUGGUCCUCUUCCACCCGGAGCAGAACGUGCCCAAUCGCAAGCGCAGCCUCAAGGCUGUAGUCACCGCAGCCACCAUGUCCAACAAGUUCCCCACUAAGGGUGGCCUCCGUCCCAACGGAGAGGCCAAGUCUGAGCUGUGUGAAAGCCUGGAGACACAAGCAUUGGCCUCCAAGCAGACAUACAUCAGCUACAGUAACCAUGCCAUCUAAGAGACAGACAGUGGAACCCCGGCUUGGAAGCAUAGCAAGGACCUGCCCGUGGGGUGAACGAACACCAAAAACUGGACCACCAAGAUGCAAGAGCAGUGGCAAAGGUGGAGAAAUGAGAAUAAUCACUCAACAUACAGAACUGAUGUCACUAUUUUCAAGAGGACAAGGCAAGGCAAAUAUAUUGAAUGCCAAACAAAAGCAGUGGGGGGUGGGGAUGUCAGGCAGACAGUGAUGUCUCCCCUCCUCAUCCUCCUUGUGACAUGUCAGAUACACCAGGCAGUCACGUUUCCAAAUUCAGUCAGAGCCAAUGACUUCAAUUCAGUGUUUUCCUUCUGGAGUUUAUAGAACAGCAUUUCUCUUCUGGUGUUUUCUCUGAAGCUGACUAACACCCUCUUCGGUAAGAGUGAAUUUAGUUUUCUCUUUGUGUGCAGUAGUGUUGUCUCUCUCUACCAGUAGUAAUGUGCAAUUAUUUGCUUCCCUUUCUUCUCUGUCCUUUCCAAUGCGGGUGAAAUGCUGAACAUAAUAUCAAAUUAGUCAAUAAGGCAAAACUGUCAAAAGUAGAUGAAAGUGUUGUUGGUGUGGGAUAAGUCUUCAUUCAAGGCCAAAAUAAACAAAAUAUGAAUCCUCAGGCUCUGUAACAUUAACAUUAUGUUGUCAUCAUUUUAAUGAAGGUCAUAGUUGUGAAACAGAGCCAACAAGUAUGCACCUUUCCAACAUUUAACAUGUCUGAAUAUUCAGUGUUACAGCAGGGGUCCAAUAAGUGUUUCCUUAACAUUUUGUACAUCAAAUAAAGCGAUGGAUUUUCACA